ACAACACCAUCCUCAACCCCGGUCAGCUUCUUCUGCCCUCCAAACCCAGAAAAAACAUGUGAUUCUUGCCCUCUGUCCACCGACCUCAGGCAUGCCCUGCCUCUCUUCACCUCCCUGGUAAACGUGGUGUGUGCCUACGACCCGGUGGGCUACGGCAUCCCCUACAAUCACCUGCUCUUCUCCGACUACCGGGAGCAGCUGGUGGAGCAGGCCGUGCAGAUCCUCAUCGUCACCCUGGAGCACGAUGGAGGAGGGCUGGCCCACCGACCCCCCUCUCCCUCCAGCAUGGAGGACCAGGAUUCUGUGGGCCCUGACAACCUGUUUGUAAACUACCUUUCAAGAAUUCACAGGGAAGAGGACUAUGACUUUGUGUUGAAGGGACUGGCUCGCCUGUUGGUAAACCCUCUGAUGCAGACCUACCUGCCUAACUCCACCAAGAAGAUCCAGUUCCACCAGGAGCUGCUGGUGCUCUUCUGGAAGCUCUGUGACUUCAAUAAGAAGUUCCUGUUCUUUGUAUUGAAGAAGCGUGAGUUCUGGGACAUCUUGGUACCCAUCCUCUUUUACCUUAAUGACGCCCGGGGCGACCAGUGUUUCCACAAGAUCAUCACCAGUGGCCACCAGCGUCUACAGCCUCUCGUUGACUGCCUGCCUCACCAUC